AUGAUUGCUCAUUGUUCAUCAAUGGUGCCCGUCAAAUUUCGUGGCAACGUCUGUCGGUCUGCUUUGAAUUUGCGACUCAAAUUUCGCUCGAGCUCCGCGCACGCCUUGAAACAAAUGCGACAGCUGCCCGAAUCUGUGGCGGUAGAAAGCGGCGAGAUGCGUUCAUGUGUGAGAGGCGAGGCGCACGGAGUAAUUAGAUCAGUUGGUUAGUCGGGACCAGCUUCAGUUGAGAACCGCCGAGCUGGCGAUGAGCGUAUCGGUCGUGAAGGGCCUCAUCUCGCCACUUUAGAGCAACCCCACCGCGUCGAUUCUAUUGCCGGAUAGAAAUGAAACGUGUGCGCUGACUAUUCGCCGGUUGCA